CGCUCAACUAUUUUUCAGCUCCAUCAAUGGCUUCUUCAUCUCUCUGCGCUUACAACGCUCCAAUUUCUAUUUCCUCUCGAAAUUUCCCAACUUCAAAGAAACUCCAUGGGGAAGCUGAAGCCAAACUUCCAAUUUCCACAAUGUUUUCGUCCCUCAGUCUGUCCUCAAACCAGACCACCACUCUUCAAUUUUUGAGCGAGAAACGGCCGCUGCGCCUCUCUUCCACGCCGCGCACUCUCACCGUCAUUGCCAUGGCGCCUCCUAAACCCGGAGGGAAAGCUAAAAAAGUGGUUGGGGUGGUGAAGCUGGCUCUGGAGGCGGGGAAGGCGACUCCGGCGCCGCCGGUGGGGCCCGCAUUGGGUGCCAAGGGUGUGAACAUAGCGGCAUUUUGUAAGGACUACAAUGCUCGCACCGCUGAUAAGGCUGGUUAUAUCAUUCCCGUCGAAAUCACUGUUUUCGACGAUAGAAGUUUCACUUUCAUCUUGAAGACUCCACCUGCUUCGGUUUUGCUGCUCAAAGCUGCAGGUGCGGAGAAAGGUUCUCAGAACCCUAAGCAGGACAAAGUUGGGAAGGUAACGAUCGACCAGCUGCGGACAAUUGCACAAGAAAAAUUGCCAGAUCUCAACUGUUCAAGUCUGGAGUCAGCGAUGAGAAUUAUAGCAGGCACCGCAGCAAAUAUGGGAAUUGAUGUCGACCCUCCUGUACUCGAACCGAAAAAGAAGGAACUUGUGUAGGUCUUGACUUUUAUCUUCCCUUUUAGUUGAAUGUAUUUUGUUGCAUUUUGCAUCAAAAGCUGAGUAAUUUUUUGGCUGUACCAUAUUUGUGAAAUAGUUUAUCACAGCUCCUUAUUUCUCAUUGA